GAUUAUACGAAUACAGUUGUAUUGUGUUUCACGACUUUAAAUUAAGUUAUGUUGUGUUGGUGUUUCGUGUGGUGUAGCCUUGACAUUAAUUCGACUCACUUCCUCUUUCGAAAUCGAAAGUGCACAGGAAAGAAAUUACCAAAAUUGCCAAUAUAAAUGGUUUUAUUAAUCGCUACACUGCAAUUUUAGUAUAUAGAGUACGUGAUUAUUGAUCGUCAAAUGGAAUAAAACAAACGUAUUCAGGACAUUAUUGUUAAAAUGGGUGACCAAGAAGAAAUUUCAACUGAUGGUAUUGAUCCUGAAGCGCUUGAAAGUGCUCGCGUUUUACAGGCAGUGGCAAAGGAGAUUACAAAUAAUGAAGAUCAGUCUAAACAAUUAAAAUUAAUAGUUGAGACAAUAGCAUAUGAGUCACUUAAGGAAGAAAGGGAUUAUCUGGUUUUGACAGAGAAGACGAGAGAGUUUGUUGACAGUCUGGGGUUUACGGACCCGUUUUCAGUCAGUAAGACCAAAGAUGUAAUUAACAUCCUACUUUUGAUGUGGAAUCAUACAAAUGUCACUAGAUAUGUUUUGAAAAGUGUUUACAAUGUGAAUAUCGCUUCGACAGCGGACGAGAUGAUAGAUCAGUUUCCGAGUGAUCUUAAACAGCUUGAUGCCCAGUCUGCUGAAAUUUUUGCCAAAGCUCUUAAAGAUGGCUCCGAAAGCGUGAAAAAUAUCCGCCUUAUGGUCGUUGGCAUGUUUGGUGUGGGAAAAACGUCCCUUGUUAACAAUCUGAUCAAAGAUUUAAGGGAUGAAAAUGUAAUUCCCGUCAGCACCGAAGGUAUUGACCUGCGCAGAUGUCAACUAAUGAAAAAUGGGGAUUGGCGUUUAGAUAAAGAACACAAAUCAGCAAAAUAUAAGGAAAGGUAUAUAACGGCUUUUAAGGAAGCAUUAGAAAGUAAGGAAAUAGAUGUGCCUUUGACUACACCGAAUACCAUAGACGUGCCCGAGGAAAAAGAAAUUGAAGUCGACAAUGUGAUAACUGAAGAAAAACUAGUUCCUUUGGAAACAAUAAGUCGACAUGUUGAAAAACAUAAAGAUGAUGCAGGGAUAAAAGAGUAUUUGCCUCUGGUUCACGAUAUACAGGAUUUCAACGGGGAUGAAAAUGUCCAACCACCCGUCCCUGUGGAACAAAAAACAAACACUACUGUAUCAGUUUGGGAUUUUGCAGGACAGACGCUUUACUAUUCUACUCACCAGUUUUUCCUAAAUAAGAGGUCUAUAUACCUUGUUCUAAUGGACAUGACAAAGGGUUUGAAUGAAAAUGUUAAAGAAGAAGAACUUAGUGGAACAUGGUGUGGAUUGAAUCAGGAAUGUACCUAUUUAGAUGUAUUUAAGUUUUGGCUGAAUGCAAUCCACAUGUACAGCGGAUAUAAAUCCAUGUCAAGCGAAAUCAAUCCGACCGUUAUUUUAGUCGGUACACGUAAAGACGAAAUGAAAGGGACAGACGAUGACAAAGAGAUUCAGAAAGACAAGUACUUUGAACUUGCACUUAGACCAUUUGAACGAUCAUCGAUCGUACAACAUAUUCAUUACAAGAAAUUUCUUGCGAAUAAUUUAUCUCCGAAGGAUUCUGUUUUUGAUGAAAUACGAAAGGAAAUUAAAUGUUUGGCAAAAGGGCAAGAUUAUUGGGGUGAAAUAUAUCCUGUUAGAUGGAUCCAGAUGGAACAGUCUAUUGACAGACUAAGAGACAGCGGAGAACAAGUAAUUAAUAUGGAAGCAAUUAAUGAGGCAAAUCAGUCCCAUAUGUGCCCACUAUAUGAAAAAGAACUUUCCCUGUUUUUGAAAAUUCAGCACAGGCAUGGCAAUAUCCUGUAUUUCGACACAGAACAUCUAAAACAUUUGGUUGUUCUUGCUCCUCAAUGGAUCAUUGAGGUAUUCAAGUGUUUUAUCACGCAUAAAAGAAAUAAAAACCCAAAACUGUCAGAAUAUUGGAGAACAUAUGAAGAUCUUGCUAUUCUCAAACCAGAAGUUUUCAAUGAAAUUAUGGACAGUAGUCCAAAAGAUGUUAACAAAAAUAGAGACCAUAUUUUGGAGUACAUGGAGUACCUUGAUGUUAUGGCUAAGCCCUUAAAAUUUGAGGAUGCAGAGGGCACCAAUGAACAAUCUGAUGCAGCUGGAUAUUUGAAUCCCACAUUUUUAGAAUUCCAUAUUGUGCCAUGUCGACUGAAGAACCCGCCACCUCCAAUAGCCCAAUUUACUGCGCCGGAACAUCGCGAGAAAACACCAGUUUUAUGUUUUGUAUUUGUUGACAAUUUCAUGCCACCAUCGUUUUUCCACAGACUUGUUGCUGUAUGUAUUCGCACUUGGUGCAUCAGCAAAGAAAAUGGACAGUACCUGUUGUUCAAUGGACUUGCCGUGUUUGAAAUGGGUAAAACAAGCUUUUUGACAAUCUGGUACAAAGAUCACAUAAUUUAUGCAAGAAUAUCUUCUUGUUCCAAAGAAUGUACACUUGAACUCGAGUUCAAGUUGUGUGAAGAAGUUCGAAUCAAACUCAGAGAAAGUUUGCAUAAUUUUGUCGGUCAAACACUGGAGAAGCCCAGGACACCUACAGGAUUUGAAGAGUACAUUCAAUGCCCAAAAAUAAAAAAAGAUUCUUUGUACAAUGUAGGCCUGUUCAGGUUAGCUGACUUCAUGUAUAAUCGUGAAUUAACUUGUAAAGACUGUUUGAAGUGCCAUGCAGUUGGAAGGGAAGAGGUAAUGAGCUACUGGUAUAAAGAGCAAUUGGACCGCCUAGAUAAUGACGAUGGUUUGAAUGAACCAGCAGAGGAAAGUGAUCUAUUGCGGGUUGCCAAGUUCAUUGAUAAAGAAUUCUGGUUGUUGGGUAUUCAACUUGAUUUAAAAGAUGCCGAAAUGAACAAACUGUAUGAAGACUGUGACGGACGAAAGGACCGUCGUACAUUCGUUUUCAGGUAUAUGGUAAUGUGGAAGAAAAAAGAAGGGAAGAAGGCAACUCGGCAACGUCUCAACAGGGCAAUACACGCUGCGCGUCUGAAUUUCUCAAAUGAUGAAAUAACCCCAGUUACCUUUGAUUCAAAAAAGACUUAGCGAGAAUAGUGAACAUUAGGAAUGUUCUAUGUUGUAUUUUCAUGUGAAAACUAUGUGUUACUAGGAGUUUAAGUUGACGGCGUGUUUGUAGUAUCGAAUUGCAUGUAUACAUUACUGGCUCACUGACAAUACAUUGUUUGUUAAUGGAUUACGUAUGGUGUAAGACGCUAGAGGGCUAGUACGCUCUCAAGUAAGUGUUUAAAUAGUAAAUUCUUAAAUAAAUGCAAAAAUAUACACAUCAGGAGCUCACACGUCGCCAAAGUUCGUACUCGCCCACCCUUUGUCUUUUUACAAUGAGUAUUUAAUAAAAUACAGAGUAAGAAAAUGAACAUGUUAUGAUAUAAUGUUAUUAAUUAGUUGAAUUCAUAUUCGCUUUGUUAUUGAGCUGAAGACGGCCGUAUUGGCCUGAGGCCGCAGGACAAUACGACUGUCGGAAGCUCAAUAACAAAGCCAAAAUGAAUUCAACUAAUUAAUGACAAUUUUAUUAAUUAAUUUUAUAAUAUUAUUCAGCAAGAAACGUUUGCAUUUCACUUUUGAAUUACAGGUUUUUGCUAUUAAAUGAAGUUUUGAAAAGUAGCAAAAUUUCUGUUCUAUACAACUUUUUCCCCCUGUGUAUAUUCCCAUGCAAAAUGCUUUGAAAAUGGUAUGUACACCAAAAUACCUUUUAAGAGAUAUCUUGUUAAUUUAAAACGAAAAUUGAAUAUUGUUGCAAGAGGAAACAAAUGUUCCAUGCAUUUAAUUUCAGAAUAAUUAUUAUUUCAUUAAUAGUGUACUAUGAAGGCGAUAUUACUGAUAAAGCAUAGGAACAAUAGCAUUUAAACUUAGUAUAUGACGAAAGAUGCUUUCAAGACAUUACAUGAUGCAGGAACACAAUUUGACUGGUCACGAAAUUAUGCAAAAUUUACCUGAAUAACAUUUCAGCCACACUGGAUCCACUACCGUUGUUUUUAAUACAACUCAGAAAGACAAUAAGGAUUGAAAACUUACGUAUUGUAAUUAGGAAUUGCAUUUGUAAUGUGUUAAUUCUCCAUGAUUUCGAAUUAGUUUUGCUUUCGGCGCUCAUUGUAGCUUGAAAAUAUUCAAAGUUGAUUUUUAUGUAUAUAUGCUGAAAAAGUGAACCUUACUGUUGUGGUUACACUGCACUAUUGUUAUUUUCGAAAAAGGGAGCUUAAUAUAUUAGGUGCUGAGUGCUUUACGUAAACUGCAAUGUUAUAUUUUUAAAGAUUUAAACUUUUGCCCCAAAACUAAGCAUACAACUUCAAAAUUGUCGAAAUUUUAGAUUCUCAUUUAAGGCCCAAUCGGGAACCCAUCGUCUCUCGGGUGUAUUUGGUGGAAGGAUAUGUCUAACGCAUCUAAGCGAAAGAUAUUACACCGAAAAUAUAGUUUUUAAUGUCAAUAUUGGCAUCUUUAAAUGUUAACAAGUUUGUAAUUAUGUCGUGGGAAUUCAGAUGUACACUUAUUAUUGUUUAAUGAAUGUAAUCUUGAAACAGACGAGCUACAAAACACAUUUUAAUUGUUCUUCUUUACGUGGGGUUUGAACAGUGGGGGCUGCCAUCUUGUUUUGAAAGGUAGUUCCAAUAUGACGUCCGCCUUCGUACAUCAGAGAGACGGUGUGGUGUAGCCCACUGUUCGAAGCGUACAUCAAAAUUAAGAACUUCUUAACUUUAGUGUAAACGUUAUUGGUACGUACUGCCUUGUAAAUUAAACUGUUAUGUAAUGCCAUUUAAACAACCGUGACAAGUUUUAGUAAUUCUCCUUUGUACACAUAAUACAUUUUUGGCACAAUCAUUUAAUACAGAGCUGAUAAAGAGCUAUUUCGGAUUGAAUAUUACUGUAUCAAUAUGUAUCAACAGACUACAAUUAAAGAUAAAAAUGGAAAGACUAUCAAAAUUGUAAAAUUAAGUUGAACAAACAAUGUCAAUGGCACAAUUGACCUAACAGGAUUUUUCAAAUUUAGAAUAGCACAUACAAGUACUCUAAUGUAAAUACAUUAUAAACAUGGUAUUUUUAUGCAAUCAUGGUAAUGUUGAUGCAUUUAACAUAAAAAUAUUGCUGCCUUUCCAAUGUCUUUCAUGGGACAUUUUUACUUUAAAACAUACCACUUUCAAGUCCUUAAAUUACAUAUCAGGAGAUUAAUGGCUCUUUUAUUUCUUACAUUUUUAUUUCUUAUUUUCAGGCAUUUUUUCAACAGCGCGCUCAAAUAUUGUUAAUAGUUUGUCCAUUCUUUCCAUUUUUGCAAUAUGACGAUCCUCUACUUUCUUCAAUGCCUCCUGUUGUCGUUCAUCAAGUUUCUCAAUGUGCUUUAGGAGCUUAUCUUUGUGAGAUGUUUUUCAGUUUCUUUUACGUUUCGACGGACCAGGCAAAUCUGAACUAACAGUAAUGUCAUUGCUGUUUUCCUGACACUUCUCCUUUUCAAUUUCAACAGGUUGAAUUGUUUUUCUUGAAUCAAUGGUAACGGUUGGUCUUGUUGACUGUUUGUGACCGAAUAAUUCGUCAAAGGCAUCUAAGUGCUUCCAAUUGAUGGGUUGGGAACCAGUUUUCAAAGUAUUGUCUUUUACUUCUUUAUAUUUUCUUCUCAUGUUCUUCCAUUUGUUCAUCACUUGUAGUUUUGUAACUUUAACGUUGUUUUCAUUCAUUUUAGAUACUAUUUCUUCCCAACGGACAUCAUGGUUUCUUGACUGUGUGAACUCGAUGUCCAAAGUGCCUCUAAGAUUUUUGAGAAGCUUUUCUUCACUCUCUGUCCAAUUGUGAAUCUGAAAUAACAAUAGUUUUUAACUUCUGCGCUAAGAUGUUACUAAAAAGUUCUGGAGGUACUGAUAUUGUUGGAGAUAUUCUUGUUAAGUUUUCGUGAACAUCAAAUAAAUGAAAAGAACAGACACCAGAACAUGAAUAAUCAGAUUUUGAUUCAUUGUUUUCUCUGCUAGAGUCUGAAUAAUGGUCAAAGCAAACAGUUGCUACACAGGAGUUGCAGAGUAAGAAAUCUAAAUUCUUUUCUCCAAUAUCUUUGAAAAUCUCACAGUUAUACAAUAAGUUGUUAUUAUCCUCAGAUGUGCCUUGGCAUGAUUUGUCUGGACCGUCUUCCAUGCAUUGAUUGGUUGGAGAUGAAGCAUUCACAGGAACAUGGGACACUUUGUUGUUGUUGUUGUUACACGCAGCAUCGAUAAUGGCCUGUCUAGACGCAGGAUCUGUAAAAUGAAAAAUAUGCAUUGUAUCAUAACAAAAAUAGCUCAAAUCAAUUGAUGCGCAAAAAAAUGCAUUCAGUCAAUGUUGUUAAAACAUCAAGACAAACGUUACCAGUUUAUGGUUAAGCCACUUUCAACCCAUGGGUUGUUCAGCCAUCUUCUGACCAUGUUUAAAGGGAUCUUUUCACGCUUUGGUAAAUUGACAAAAUUGAAAAAAGUUGUUUCAGAUUCGCAAAUUUUCGUUUUAGUUAUGAUAUUUGUGAGGAAACAGUAAUACUGAACAUUUACCAUGGUCUAAUAUAGCCAUUAUAUGCAUCUUUUGACGAUUUUAAAACCAAAAAAUUAUAAAGCGUUGCAACGCGAAACGAUUGAAUAAUUUGGAGAGUUCUGUUUUUGUCGUUAAAUUUUGUGAAACUACGAAGAUUGCUUAUAUAAGGUAUAAAAUACAACAAGUAAGCGUACUUGGCGGAAUAGCUCAGUAGGCUAAAGCGUUUUUACUUCAGGACUCUGGCAGGACUCCAGAGGUCACUGGUUCGAAACCCGGUCCGGGCAAUGUUCUUUUCCUUUUUUUAAUUUUGUUCUUGAUUUUUUACUGAUGGCUUUUACGAUCCAAUGUUUACAUUUAUCGAUAUAAAGCAUUUAAUGAAUAAGUUAAAAAAUGCCAAAAUCUGUGAAAAGGCCCCUUUAACACCCCCACGCCACUGGUCAGCGGACAACUGUAUGCAAAUUAUAAAUGAGUCUCCCAUGGCAGACUGUUUAACAUCCUGAAUAUGCUGUUUCUAACAUCCAGAUAUAGUGCCCCGGAAAUUUCAAACUUGCACGGUCACUAGAUUAUCAGGGUACCAAUAGAAAUGUCACCUUGGUCGAGAGUGGUGCACCUGUGGUUAAACUGAUUAAUGCACAGAACCAGUUCAGAGUAGGUCAUUGGGCAUGGUUUUCUACACCAUGCCCAAUGAAGAAAGAUCACUCAAGGAACCUACUUACCAAAUAUCUAAGAUCAAAACAUCUGUGUUAUGAAGUAAAUUUUUAUAGGAAAAAAGGCAAAUUUGUGAUUGAGACUGGUACAUGUAUAUAUUACAGAAAGAAUGGACUCUACACAAAGAUCGCAGGUCAAUAUUUAAUAAUUUGAUACAUUUCCACAAGAAGCGUAUUGCCAAAAGAUUUAAAUUGCGUGACUCAGCCUCAGUCAUACAUUUGUUUAAUAUCUUGUAUUAAACCACUGAUGUAGAUUACAUAUCUAGGCCGUGAUUAAACUUACCACAUUCAUCUGAUAUCAUCCAUUCAGCUAUUGCCCUAUCUAUCAGAACAAUAUUGUCUUCACCAGACUGGCUUUUCACAUUCACCCUUACUCUGAAAGAGACACAAGACAAAACAAGUCAAUUUUUUUUAAACUAAUAAUAUACAUGUAUCAUGGACUACACAUGCCCCUAAUCCCAAACCCACUAGCCGGAAGACAAUAGAUCAUAGCCUAGUCUUAUUUAUAAAACGUGCAUAGAAUUUAGAGAUACUUUUAAUAUGGGAUAAAUUGUUUGCUUUAAAUAUUACUAAAAUAAAAAGUAGUGUCACCAUGUAGGACUAAUCAUAGCCCUAACAACUGAGGUAGCCGGGCACCCAAUCAUGGAUCUACCAAACAUCAAACAAUAAUAUAUGCGCAACUACACUUGGCGGUGAUCAUGCCUAUAAAUUGUAUUUCAAACAUAAUUACAAAGGGAGAACUAGUCUGAACUAAAUUUACCCCAAAACAACCAUUACAGAGCCAUAAUUCGGGGUAUCGGGUCCGUUCGCCCUAGAUACACAUUCGCCCUGGGUCAGUUCGCUCAUACUAUCAUAUGCAUAUUGGGGUAUAAGCAAUUUAUUUUCACACCUGUAAUCAAGUUUGUACCGUAAUUAAUUAAUAUAAUAAGCAAUUAGUGAAAAUUACUGGCCUUUGUUACAAACACGCUUAGCUACAAGUUAAAGAGCGCCGUCUUCUAUGUUUCGGUAACACUUUUUUGUGUGAUAUUUUCAAAGAAACCAAGCUGUUAAUUAUCCCAGUUAAUAAAAUGGAGCUAAAAUAUCUGGUUCUAUUAUUCCAAACAUGGAUAAUGUGUGCAUUUCUUGCAAUUUGGAGGCUUAAUUAUAAAAAAUAAACCCCUAUAUAGUAUAUAGACUAUACUAUAUAGGUGUAUAUUUUUUAUUAUUUAGCCAUUGUAUUACCUUUAUGGAUAAAGUUUCUAACUCCUUUGAUUUGUUUUAUGUACAUCUUUCUAUUAUUUAAAUGCAUGUAUAUAUAUAUUAUAUAUUUAUAAAAAAAAUAUGAAUUUAACAAUAAACUGUUGACGUGAUCACGAUUUUCGUUAUAGUUAUUGCUUCCCUGCUUUCAUAAUAACAUUUAUGGCGAACGUACCCAGGGCGAACAGGAUUUAGUGCGAAUGUGAAUAAGGGUGAACUAAAAUUAGGGCGAACGGACCCGGAUUCAUAAUUCGGCCAAAAAUCAUCCAAACGGAACAUUUAAUUGAUAAUCAUAACUAAUCUUAGUACUUUCUAUGGUAUAUUAUCUAUUUCGACAAGGUUAACUAUAAUCGAUAACGCGAAAUAAUAAAAUUCCACACAUUCAACUUACAGGUUAUUCCCUUCUGACGCCAUUUUGGAUCUUUUACCUACAGCAACCCUGCCUCGCACGUGGGUCGAACUCUAGUUGGGUCAAAAGGUCAUGUGACGUCAAAAUAGUUAAAACUCUUCUCGUUUUGCUGUAACUCUAGUUGAUCGAGUUUACCCUAGUAAGUCAGCUGAACUCGCUCAUUGAUAUAAGGCCGAGUUUUUCCUGGUUUCUGAUUGGCUGAAUCUCGUAUUGGCCGACCUAUUUCCGUAUUGGCCGUGUUUUUCCAUGUCGGCCACCUUUUUCUCGUAUAAGGUGAGUUUCGAGCUUUAUUGGCGAUACUCAACUUGUAUGGGGCGAACAUUUUGAACACAUUCUGGUCUUAUAUUAUAAAGUUAAUUAAUAAUGUGUUUUAUAAUUGUUUAAUUGAGUAAUAUGACCACGAACGAUGAUAUUUACUUUCGACACUUAAAUAUUACAAAUCGCGUGAACUGCAAGGGACAAGUUGUUGACUGAAGUUUGGGUUGUUCUAUCGCGAAAUAUAUUGAAUGCAGAUUAUUAUUAGUUUGUGCAUCGCAGGUGUGAAUUUAAUUUGGACUAUUUUUGUAAAAAAUUAUGUAAAACGAACACCAAUAUUUCUACGUUUACAUUGUACAUAUUUGUUCCUCGCCAGCAUGUGUUGAUGUAUAUUUGCUUCUUGCAGGUAUUUUGCGUUUAAUAUAAGCCUUUAUGCUAUAAUUUAAUGGUAUGAUUUAACAUUAUCAUUUAGUUGUUUUGUGCUUGUUAUGUUUAAAUCAAUGAAUUUUGUUGUUAAUUGUGUGUGCCUGUAUCUUUUAUGAAUGUAUUACGAAAUCGAUGGUAUGUGUAUUAUUUUGACAUCCUUAUAUAAUGUGUGAAAGUAAUCAGUAUGUUAAAGAAUGCUAGAACACAACAUGACUGUUUAUCCUUAUAUCGGGACGUUGUGUAAAUAAGUGGAGUCAUUAAAGUGUUUUUGCUUGUUAACUGUCUAAUUGUCAUCAAAUGCUUACCAGUCACUAUGCACUUGUAUUGUAAAACUUGCAUAUAUCCAAUAAACCUAACUUGUUGUAAAGAUAAACAUGAACAUUCUGGUGGCAAACGAAUAAUAAGCGGAUAUAUAUACUGCUUCUUUGAUUGUUUUAUAUAGUUUGAUUAUAUGUAUACAAUGUUCAUAAUCUUUAUGCAUGAGCAGUUUCAUUUUGUUCUCCUUACAGCGAGAUUAUACGAUUUUGUAUAUGUGUUUAAUUGUGAUACAUGAUAAAAUAUGUCGCAAUAACACAAAAUAGGCAAGAACAAUUAUACUUUGAAGACGAAUUUCAUAAAAUGCAGCAAAGACAAAUUAGCGCCCGAGCCAAUUGUGACGAAGAUAUUUCGUACAUAUUUUCCUACAAUAACCGAAGCAUUCCUCUUUUUAGUUAGUGUCCGUGUGACGUAUGAAUAGAUAUCGUUGCAGGAAUUUUAAAUGAACCGUAAAACUAAAUUUACAUUCACAUCGUACAUGCAUAAUUGACAUGCUUGCGAAUUCGACUGUACAGACAUUUUCGACUUCAGAAUUAAAUAUUUGGCUUAUUUGGCAUUUUUCGAAACAUGUUCUUCUUAACUUAAAUUCUAAUUUAUAUUGAAAUAUAUGUUUAAUACGUUUUACACAUUUUAUAUAAAUUAAUCAAUAUUUGACAAAAUCGUAUGCUCUCGCUUUAAAUUGUAUGUUGUUGGAUUUUUGGAUAUGCUUUGAUUUUACUGUCUUAGAAAUAGUUUUUAAUUGUGACGUGUUUUAUUUAUAGAUUUAUUGGUAUUAUGUAUAAAUGAAACUUCACAAAUUUAUUAAGACAGAUAUUAACGUUUAAGUGUGUGUUUACGAUAAUAUCAACAUUUCAUUUUCUCAAUAAAAAAAACAACACAUGUAUUUGAACAAAAAAGUUAUAUAAAAUAUAAAAGAAAGCGAUUGAUGAGUGUUUUUUUUCAUCUUUGGCAUAAAAGUAGCGGGCCCUUUGGAUGGGAAAUUUUAUGAACAUACGUUUUCAGAUUUGCGGUAUUACGGUCUAUUUUGUUAUAAAACAUUAAUCAAAAUGUUAGAUACAAAUGCUAAAUAAGUUUCUGUCAACUUAAGUUGCUGAAAAUUGCUGGGAUUAUUGACAACCAUUCUUAUGACAUAGUCGUUUUAUUCCAAUUUAAGUCAUCUUUGUUUCAAAAUAAAGCUUACUGAUAGAGGCGAACUUUAGGUUUGUAUAGGGGAAGAAUAUACACCUUUUGAGCUGGGAAAUGAGGCCCAAUUUGGCCCUCAAAUCGGCCCUAAAUAUCGCCGUAAAGGUACCAAACAAUAUAUGUUAUUUAGUCCAACGAAAUACAUCACGACCAAGUUAUUCUUAAUACUAUGCCGAUACUAACACGUACUCCUGUUUGUUGCAGAACCAAAUGAUUAAAGUGUCGUUUAAACAUAUCUUCAUAUGCGUGUUAUAGUGAGGAUUUCCCCAACAGCGCAGAGGCCUUUUAUAUCACUUUACAAAUGAAAAGUAUUUACACCUGCAUUAAUACCUGUAUAUAAACAAAAUACAGUUCAAUAACCUACACUUUUAGAGCAGAUGUCAACAUGACCCAAACUGAACAGGAUACGUGUAUAAUUAAUGGUAUUGUAACAUGUAUCUCGGAGCAGAUAAUGUUUUAAUUGUAAAGAUAUCAUUACUAGAAAUGUAGGUGUGUACAUGAGUAUGUUUUAUUCAAGUACGAGUAGUAAUCACUUAUUUUAAAAUUUCCUACACCCCUAUGCCUUUUACAACAAUGGAAAUGCUUUUAAGUGUGCAUUUUUAUAUGUAGCGAAAUAAUAUUUAUUAAUGCGGAUUUUAUUUAUAUUAUUGGGUCCUAUUGUUUGUUCACAUUCAUGUGUGCACUAUUUUUUUCAUGACUUAUGUAAUGUCUUUUAAAUUAUUUCAGUAUACGACAUAUUAUUGACAUAUUUGCAUGUGCAUGUGUACAUUAACAAUUAAUGUUAAUUCUUAUGCAUAAUUAAUGAUCAUGUGUUGUAGGUUGACCAUGGAAGUGUGAUCGAUACGAUGUUGAAUAUGUUAUGUUUCCGAUAAUUUAUUGGAUAAAAUUAGCUUUAUAUGUUUUGUUAUCAUAUGGUAUUGUGUUUCCAUUAAAACGUAAGUAUGUGUUUAUUGUGCAAGCGGUUUUAGUGUGCCAUGUGCUAAAUGUAUACGAUUGUGAUUGUGCUAUAUAAUAAAUGAAUUUUUUAUGCCCCCGAAGGAGGGCAUAUAGUGAACGCACUGUCCGUCCGUCUGAUCGUCCGUCUGUCCGUCCGUCUGUCUGUCCGUCACACCUUGCGUUUAGGUUUCGAAAAUGCUCAUAACUUCUAUGUCGCUUCAGAUGUAACAUUCAUAUUUGGAAUGCAUGUGUAUAUGGACAAGGCCUUUCCAUACGCACACAAAUUUUGACCCCUUUUACCUUGACAUUGAACUUAGGGUCCGCGUUUAGGUUUCGAAAAAUGCGUUUAGGUUUCGAAAAAUGCUCAUAAUUUCUAUAAAAGCGUUUAUCGGGGGGGGGGGGGUAUAUGUAAUCCUAUGGAGACAGCUCGUGUUGGUAUCAUUAUUUGUAAAUAAACAUAGGGAUAACUAGAGGUCACAGCUCAAGAUUACUUUCUAGACUUCCCGAUAACCGUUGGUCCGACGGCCAAGACCUACAGACCUUGAGUGGGUCUUAUAUUCAUUUAACAAAGAAUUAGCACGACCGUCCGACAGCUUUUUGAAUAAUAUAUCCUAUAUGUUACUGACGAAAACAAACUUAUAUCUGAGCAAUCGAAUGCACGUCCAAAAUAAUUUGUUUCGUAUUUGAAGAUAUCCAAAGGAUGUGACAGUUUGACAUCACCUGGGCGUAUUACACAUGACAACGUUAUUUCAUUUAAGUCACCUUUAUAACGUAUGCAAUUAAAAAUGUAGGGUUUUUAUCACAGCCUUAAUAAAUCUCAACACAAAUGACAACUAUGUUAUUUAUACAGCAUAAGAGUAUUAAGUGAACAUUUAAAAAUGGAAUUAGUUUUUACUAUUUGUAUAGUCAGACAGUAUAUGAUAUUAAUUUAAAUAACCAGUAUAAUAAUCAUAAUAAUAUACCAACAUAUUGUUAAAUUAUCUAUGAAUAAAAACAACAAACAAAAACACAUUUGAAUUAAAACAUCGCAAAAAAAGACGCCACUGUUAACAUAAGUAUAUGCAUACGGUAAUAUUAGUCUGAUACAUUCAUUUGUAUUCGGUUAAUUUGAAAAGGUUGUCGAACCAAAUGUCUGACGCUUUUUUUAGCUUUAGGGAAGUCUGACUUUGGGGGGGGGGGGGGGGGUCAACAAAUUUACCAUGGUUUUUGUAUUCUCUGUUCUUCAAAUGUUAUAAUAAUUACCCUCUAACGUUUUUCUAUAUGAUUGCAUGUGUGUGUUAAUAUCUUAUUGUGUACCAUUUUUAAACUCGAUUUUAUAAUGACUUUUGUAUUUUCCAUCAAUGAAAUAAAGUUAUUUCUAAUACUCUAUGCAGACGAUCAAGUUUUAUUUGCGACUUCACCCGCCGCGUUACAAUCUAUGCUAAAGGACAUUGAAAUAUACUGCAAUACAUGGAAAUUAAAGAUAAACACCUUAAAAACAAAAAUCAUGAUAUUUGAAAGAAGCACCAGAUAUACGAAUAUAGAUUUCUUCUUAAACAACGAAAAGCUCGAAAUUGUCAAUUCCUUUAAAUACUUAGGGGUCAAUUUCUUUAAAAACGGAAACUGGAACAGAACUCAAAAGAACAUCUCAGAACACGCAUCAAAAGCUAUGCAUAAAUUAUUUUCCGUGUUCAAUCAAUAUGAAUUUAAAUUAAAAGAGAAACUCAAAUUAUUUGAUGUAUUAAUAUCCCCAAUUCUCAAUUAUUCUGCUGAAGUUUGGGGUAAUCAUAUGGCAAAAGACAUAGAACUAAUACAUUCAAAAUUUUUACGCAAAUUAUUGUGUGUAAAAACAUCAACCAAUCUUGUAGGAUUAUACGGAGAACUAGGUAGGAUCCCGAUGCAUGAACACAGAAAAAUUAUUAUGUUCCGAUAUUGGAUAAAAAUCUUAAAUUUAAAUGAAAAUAGUAUUCUAAAACAAGUUUAUCUCCUAUUGAAAAACGACGCCGACAACGGAAUCAAUUAUAACAAAAACAAUUGGGCGUCACAAAUAAAAGAAAUGUUAGAACAAUUAGGGUUAACAAAUUUAUGGAUUAAUCAAGAACGUAUUACUAUAUCAUUAGAGAGCAUAAAAAUUAGAAUAUUAGAUCAAUUUAAACAAAAUUGGUUAAGUAACAUUAAUCAAUCUGGCAGACUUAGCACAUAUUGUAUGUUUAAAACCAAAUUUGAAUUUGAACCGUAUUUGCACAUAAUCAAACAAAAUAAAUAUAGAAUAGCACUAAGUAAAUUCAGACUAUCAUCGCAAAAUCUAGAAAUUGAACAAGGACGUUACUAUAAUAUAGAGAGAGCAGAACGAAAAUGCAAAAUAUGUUGUACAAAUUUAAUAGAAAACGAAUAUCACUUCAUGUUAACAUGCCCACUAUACUCACAUCUAAGAAGAAAAUACUUCAAAUUAUAUUACUGUAGAUGGCCAACAUUAACCAAAUUUAAAUCGCUCAUGUCAACUACAAAUAAAUGUGAACUUCUUCAAAUUGCAAAAUAUAUUUACGAUGCAAGUAGACUAAGAGAAGAACUCGUAAGCAUGUAACUUUCUGACAAAAAAAUAAAUAAUUAUCAUUGCUUCAAACGUCAAUGAAAAUUGAAUUACUAAUUGACUUAACUAAUUGUCUGUAUAUAUGUACAUUAUUCAACUUUUCGCAUCGAUAACAUACAUCAUUUUAUUUGUUGAGAGUGUAUGUGAUAUACUAGUUUUACUAUGUUAAUGUAUAUAUAUGCACAUUAGUCAACAUUUUUCAUCGAUAACAUGUACCAUUUAUACUAUGCUGUAUAUGUGAAAUAUUGGUACCAUUAAUACUGCAUUGUAUAUGUGAAAUAUUGGUUUUACUAUAUCGAUAGUAAAAAUAGUUUUUCUCAUUAUGCCAAAAGCAUGCACUAUUGUAAUAUUUAUAUAUUCUAAAUAGUUUUCUUAAUAUACCAAAAAGCGAUUUCGGUAUAUUAUGUUUAUGUUAACAAAUAAAUAUUUAAUGACCAUCAAGCACUAACAUUGCAUUCACGAUCUUUGACCUGUAUUACUAAUAUCUUUCUUCCUCUGUAUUCAACUAACAAUCACAGCAAUCUUUACCUGAAGAAUUACCAUUUGCUUUAUCUAAUUGUAGGCUAGAAGCUUAUUUGUAGCUUAAUUGCCGAAAUAAAUGUUGUUGUUGUUGUUGUUGUUGUUGUAUUCAUGGAUUAUUUAAAACGUACAUUACCCAUGUUUGUGUCAACUUGAUACUGUUCACGAUUAUACUAACAGUAAACGGUCACUCAUAUAUGUUGUAGGUAAAUUAUUCAAUUUUGAAUAUAUGUGUUUUAAAUUGAAUAUUCUA